UCUCGCCCCGGAAGACGCCACCCAGCGAUCACUUCUGCUGUACUACUGGCCAGUGACCAGUCACUUACUUGCUCUUCUCCCCCAUUAAUUGAGCUCCAGCCGUCCGGGAGACGAGAUAAUUCCGUUCAAUUUCAAGUUAAUCCCGCGGCAGCCAUGGCUGCGCUUCUCAUGAACACCGGCGCUGUCUCGAUGCCCUUCCCCACCACGCGCACCGCCGCGCGACGGCGAACCAGCAGAAGCAGAUGCCAGGCUUCAUCUAGCGGCGGUAGCAGCAACGAAGGAGGCGGCGAGAGCUACCGCGGGAGGAGCGGGCGCGGUGGGUCGACGACGUGGGUGACGGAGUACGACCUGUACGGGCUGCUGGGCGUGGAGCGGUCGUCGCCGCAGUCGGAGAUCAAGGCCGCGUACCGGUCGCUGCAGAAGCGGUGCCACCCCGACGUCGCCGGCGCCAAGGGCCACGACAUGGCCAUCGUCCUCAACGAGGUCUACUCCCUCCUCUCCGACCCCGCCGCCCGCCUCGCCUACGACCAGGAGCAAGCGAAGCAGUCGGAGUUCGUCGGGUACACGGGGAAGCCGCUCUACUCGGCGUGGUUCGGCGGCGAGGCCGAGCAGCGCGCGGUGUUCGUGGACGAGGUGAGGUGCGUCGGCUGCCUCAAGUGCGCGCUCUACGCCAACAAGACGUUCGCCGUCGAGUCCGUCUACGGCCGCGCCCGCGUCGUCGCGCAGUGGGCCGACGCCGAGGACAAGAUCCUCGACGCCAUCCAGACAUGCCCCGUCGACUGCAUCUCGAUGGUCGAGAGGUCAGAUCUCGCGGCUCUCGAGUUCUUGAUGUCCAAACAGCCGCGCGGCAGAGUCCGGGUCUCGGAAGGCAACACCGUGGGCGCUCGCGCACCCGACAUCUUCAACGAGGUAAGCAAGUUUCAGAAGAGGUUCCAGGAGAUGAAGCAGAAGUCUGCCACGAGAGAAUCCGAGGAGUCGGAGGCAGCAAGGCAAUCGAGGAGCUCGGCAGUUCAGACGAUCAGGUCGAUCUCGAACUGGUGGUACUGGCAGCCGUUCAGAGCUCCGGCGACCACCGUACUCGCUUCUCUCCACCUGCCGGCGCCGCCGCCUUCUCCUUCCAUGCCCGCCGACCCGGUGACGGACAGGCUCCAAGAAGCGGCAGCUCGACGCAAAGCGGGAGGCGCGACGGCGGCGAGGACGGUGGCUUCGUACGCCCGCCGCGACGACUACUGGACUCCGCAGCUGAACCUGCCGUCCCUAGCAUCGCCGCCGGAGCGACCUCACCGGAGGCAGAGCGCUUCUCCUCCCCGCAGCCAGACGCGGCGAGCAACCCCCACCGGCGAUGGCGGGGUGACAUUGGGCAGCAUCGACCUGACGGCGCCGCUGCUGAUGGCGAUCAUCUCGGCCGGGUUCGUGGGUUACAACAGGGAGGAGGUGGCCGGAGUCGGCGGCGGCGGCAUCCAGGAGCACGUCGGUGGCGCCGCCGCUCUGGGUCUCGUGAACAGCUUCGAGCUCAAGAUCGUCCUAGCCUCCGUGACAUGGUUCAUCAUCGGCGCGGCGAUUGCCGGAUUCAUUCAGUUUCUCGCGAGGAGCGAAGUGAACUUCAGGAAAUGAAGCGAAUACAUGAUUUAUUCACGAUGACAUAAAGAUACAUAGGAUAGAUGAAGUAUACAUAGUAGUAUAGAUGCAUGUAUAUAAAGGUUACUGCAAUUAAGGAAUUUAUUAGUGGUGAAAAAAUGAGAUAUAAAGUAGAGCAAAAUGAAAUGUACGAGACGUAUAGCAUUCAGCUUAUGUGGUUUGGACGAGAAAUCAGUUCUCUUGUAGGGUGCAAGAACUGCUGUUUUUUAU